CCACUGGAACUUUCCCCUCAGAGACCCCUCCGCCGGUUCAUCUUCCGGUUCCAGGGACCUUAACCCUUCAUAUCUCUCCAUUUCCAACUACUGUUAACUCUGCCAGACCUUGCCGCUCUUGGAGAAAAAUCAGUUUUGAGAAAAAGAUCAGAAGAACACUCGGGUUUUCUGGUGAAGAUGGUAGCUGACAAAGCGAAGAAACCGAAGGGCGUAGAGAGAGGUGAGGAAGAAGAUUCGGAUCACAUUGAUGGGGAGCUAGUUCUGUCCAUCGAGAAGUUGCAGGAGAUACAAGACGAGCUGGAGAAGGUUAAUGAGGAAGCAAGUGACAAAGUCUUGGAAGUCGAGCAAAAGUAUAAUGAGAUACGAAGGCCAGUCUAUGAGAAGCGGAAUGAAAUCAUCAGAUCUAUUCCUGAUUUUUGGUUGACUGCUUUUUUAAGCCAUCCUGCUCUUGGUGAUCUGUUGAGUGAGGAUGACCAGAAGAUUUUUAAGUACUUAAGCUCUCUGGAAGUAGAAGAUUUUAAAGAUGUGAAGUCAGGGUACUCUAUUACUUUUAACUUCAAUCCCAACCCUCAUUUUGAAGACACAAAACUUACGAAGACUUUUACCUUCUUCGAUGAAGGAACAACUAAAAUUACUGGUACAACAAUUAAGUGGAAAGAGGGCAUGGAUGUUGCUAAUGGAAGUAAUCAUGAGAAGAAAGGGAGCAAGAGGCCUCUCGCUGAAGAAAGCUUCUUUAGCUGGUUUAGCGAAACUCAACAAAAAGACAUUUCAGAGGGCAUUCAUGAUGAGGUGGCUGAGAUAAUCAAGGAAGAUUUAUGGCCCAACCCUCUCAAAUAUUUUAACAAUGAGGCUGAUGAAGAGGAUUUUGAUGGUGAUGAAGAUGAUGACGAGGUAAAGGGUGCUGAUGGCUUCGAAGAGGAAGAUGAAGAUGAACAAGAUGAUGAUGACGAGGAAGGUGGUGAUGAAGAAGACAGCUAAACUUAUUCAGACAGCAGGGUCUUUAAUAUCACUUCUUGGUCAUGGCUUAGUUGAAGCUUAAUGAUGGUGGCCCUUUUAUUCUCUUUUUGAUGAUGGCCCUUUUAUUGUCUUUUAUGGUGGCUAUUAUUCUAUUUUGUAUGACUGCUACCAUGCGUCUGAAGAAGUUGUCAAGUCUCCUUUGUUUCUUGUUUUUCUUGGCUUUUUUUUUUUGUUUCUCCUCCAUUGGGCUUCUUAAAUGCAGUGGGUUUAGGUUAGAGGAGUACAGAGUUUUUCGUUAGCUUUAAUUGAGGGCAGUUUGGUGAUGGAAAUAGUAUAAUUUUGUUUUGAGCCUGACCUGCUUCCUAAUUCUGGAAUCUACAAUUUGAUUACUUAUAUUAAUAUGAGUUAUGCUGGAAUCAAAGGCAAUAAUUCUUGAAAAA